CUCCUUCUUGUUUUAAUAAUGCAAGAAGCGAGCAUAGCGAACGGAAAGAAUAUUACAUCUGCCGAUGAGAAAUCUACGAAAAGUGCAGGAAAAGUGAAACGAUCAGAUUUAGAAGAGUCCGAGACAAGUUAUGUGACCUACCAACAUGCAAAUGCCUUUGGAAGUUCAUAUACUCCAUUUUCUCAGUCUACCCGACCUCAGACGAUAUAUUCAUCAUUCUUUCCAACCAGUUUAAGCUCGUCGUUUGGUUUCGGACGGAACACGACAUUUAAUAUUCACGAUGAAAUCAUGUGCGGGGAUAUGUAUCGGCGGCGGUGUGAAAAGUCAAGAUAUCGAACGUACGAUGGGUCUUGCAACAAUUUGCAGAAUCCCACAUGGGGCAUGGCAAACACGAGAUACGGACGGUUACUGCCAGGAAAUUAUGGUGACGGCGUACGCUCACCUACUUUAUCUGUGACUGGAGCGGAAUUACCACCGUCCAGAUUAGUUAGCUACACUCUGUUCCCCCCUGUCGACGUCGACGACCCGAUAUGGACGCUGGCUGCGAUGCAAUGGGGGCAAAUUAUUACCCACGACAUGGCCAUGAUCGAUGGAAGCACUCAAUCAAAACCGCACGCGACCCAAUGCUGCACGGACGAUGGACAGUUAGUGGACCAGUCAUUACUCGACAACCAGUGUUACCCAAUACUUAUACCGUACAACGAUCCCGUUUACAGGAAAGGUAGUAUAAGAUGUCUCAACUUCGUCCGUAGUACCACUGAUCUUGACCGUGGCUGCGCGUCGAACAAACCAGCAGAACAGCUGACGGUGGUUACACAUUUCUUGGAUCUCUCGAUCGUUUAUGGAUCGAGCGAUCAAUUGGCGGCGACUUUGCGAGCCGGUGUCGGCGGUCGAUUAAACGUAGAUAUUCGAAACAAUAGGCAAUGGCCACCAGCGGCAGCGAACAAAAGCGAAGUCUGUGAAAAUACGGACCCUAGAGAAGUUUGUUAUCAAGCUGGUGAUGCUCGAGUCAAUCAAAAUCCGCAACUGACCGUCUUACAAAUAAUACUGCUUAGGGAGCAUAAUCGCAUCGCGGAUGCAUUAGCACGCUUAAAUCCUCACUGGACCGACGAGACGACUUUCCAAGAGGCGAGACGAAUUGUAAUUGCGGAACAUCAGCAUAUUUCGUAUUACGAGUGGCUACCAAUAUUUUUAGGCGCCGAGGCUACGUAUGGUAACAAAAUUUUAUACCGAACUAAGGAUUACGUGAACGAUUACGAUCCGAAUGUAAAUCCCAGUACUCUAAAUGAGCAUUCGACUGCGGCAUUUAGAUACUUCCAUUCUCUCAUCGCUGGUUAUCUCAACUUGGUGACUGAGUACCGAUCGUCGAAGGGUGCUCUGAGGCUCAGCGAUCAUUUCAACAGGCCAGGAAUCAUUGAACGGUUCAACAACAUGGAUGAUCUUACUAGAGGAAUGUCUUAUCAACCGGAAAAAGCUAGUGAUCAAUAUUUUGAUGCUGAGAUCACGCAAUAUUUGUUCAGGAACGGAAGACCGCUGGGGCAGGACCUUAGAGCGAUAGAUAUUCAAAGGAAUCGCGAUCACGGGCUCGCUUCUUACAAUGACUUCCGCGAAUAUUGCGGUUUGCCUAGGGCGAAAUACUUUGGCGACUUUAUGGAUUACAUCUCUGCCUCGAAUGUGGAAAAAUUGGCCGAAUUGUAUCCCAGUCCUGAUGAUAUCGAACUGACUGUCGGCGGGUCACUAGAGGAACACGUGCCAGGCACUCUUUCCGGUCCUACUUUCUUGUGUAUACUCGUUAGACAAUUUUACCGAACGAGAGUGGGAGACCGACAUUGGUACGAGAAUAACGAUCAUAAAUUAGCAUUCACUAUAGAACAAUUGAAUGAGAUUCGGAAGGCUAGUAUAUCUCGACUAUUCUGUGACAAUGGUGAUUACAUCACCAGUAUGCAGCCAAGAGGAUUCGAACAAGUAUCGUCAACUAACCCUAUUAUGAACUGCGAAAACAUUCCUGCGAUUGAUCUAUCAUUGUGGAAAGAUUAUUCUGAAGAAUUGACGACCUAUAGGAGUAUAAAUUAUCCGAAUUUUAAAAAAUGAAACUGACGAAGGAACAUAUCACGUUACCAAAUAUAAAUUCAUUAGAGAUAAUUCAUCGCAUGAAGUAUUACUGACAGUGAAUGUAAAGUUGAUGUAAUUAUAAAUGCAUUAUAAUUUUUGUAAAGUUCUAUUUAA